CCUCCUCUUCACGGCCGCUGUUGUGCUCACUUUACCUGAUGGCAAAUCAAGAAAAGGCAGAAGUGAUAACUGACUAUGGCCAGGACAACGCAACGAACAGUAUUCAAACUCACCAGAGAGAGGAGAAACCUGGGCUUCAGGAAAUGUCUUCUGAAAAAUGCUGUGUUGCUCAGGAACAAACAGCCAAUUCUCUUAAAGGAAGAUCUGUGAGGAAAACUGCACUGAUACUGCAAAGUACACCUUUUGAAGCAGAUUAUUCAACCAGUUAUAGUGAAUCGUAUGCUGGUAAAGACUGGGAUGGUAAACGUGUUGAACGCUUCAAUAAAGUUACGCCCUAUCUGCCUCGUAACAAUAUAAAUAUGGAUUUAAAUGUGGAUGAAGAAGUGCACAUAUCUACACUCACUAAAGACUCCUAUUACGAGAAGGAUAUCAUACCACACAACAUUUUGCACCAAAUAGGUGUUGAAAACCGGGUACAUAAUAUUCGCGGAACAGCAAUGAAAGAAAUAACCAAUCCACCAGAAAACAACAUGAAAUUGUGGAUCUCAUCAUACACUGCUAUGCAUAAUAUCAGAGAAGAACAGCCACCCAGUGCGACCAUUUCUGAAUUUUUCCCGAAGCGACACAAUUACAAUAUCAUUACUGGUGAGGAUGCAACAGAUGUGCCAUCAACAAGCUUCAAGAGAAGAUCAGGAGACUGGAUUCACCGCAACACAACACAACGCGGAUGCUUUUAUGAUCGACUGUUUCUUCAAUGAAUGCGAGAGCAAUCACAUUUUGUUUUCUCAAAACUGUCUAACACUAUGAAAUUUUAGGUAACAAUUAAUAUCCGUGUUGAGAACAAGUGUUUCUUGAUUUGUUUGCAGUUUGAUUACAUGCAAGGUCAAAAGCACGGCUGUAUGUUUGUGAGCCUUCUGUCUUCACCGAUUAUAACGAGCUCCAGUGUAAAUGAAUAAAACCUCAAAUGUGAAGUCUAA